AUACAGUAUGACAUUUAAACCGAAGGAAGGGAAAAGAAAACAAACACUUGCUAGGGCACACGGCUAAGAUCGACUCUCACAGGUGAAAAUCAGUUGAUACAGAAAUGGAUGAGGAAACCUCAAAUAAGGAGACAACAGGAGUUGUUGGUGAUGCUGAAGUUGUAAUUGACGAGAAAAGGGAAAGUGAAAUUAUUGAGCCAAAGGUGGGAACGAUGUUUAAUAGUGUUGAUGAGAUUUAUGAAUUCUUUAGAAGCUAUGGAUACCAUAUGGGAUUUCCAGUAAAGAAACGAACAACAAAGAAGAGUAUAGAUGGCAUACUUAGAUACGUGACAUUUACGUGUGGACGAGCAGGAAAAGGAGAGAGUUCAUCAAACAAUUUAGUGAAACCACCGACGUCUCAAGUUGGAUGUAAGGUGAAGUUGACGGCAAGUUUAUGUGGAGAAAAUAAAUGGCGGAUUAAUACUGUUAAUCUUGAACAUAAUCAUGGGUUAUGUCCUAGUCAAGCUGCGUAUUUUCGAUGUAAUUGGCAGUUUGGGAAAAAUAAUAAAAUGAAUCCAGAAGGGGGGAGUGAUAGAGGUGUAAAUGAGAAUGUUUUGAACGUGGAAAGAGAGUGUAGGAGAUGUAGUGGGACUAUGACUCGUUUACAACUUGGGGAAGGAGAUGCAUUUGCGAUGCAAGAGUUUUUUAUGAAGAUGCAAACACGAAGCAAAGAUUUUUUCUAUAGUAUGGAUUUGGAUGAAGAUGGUCGGCUGAGGAAUGUGUUUUGGGCAGAUGGAAGGAGUAGAGAAGCUUACAAGGAAUUUGGUGAGGUAGUCUAUCUUGACACCUCAUUUUUGGCAAACAAGUAUAAUAUUCAGUUGACAUCCCUUGUUGGGGUUAAUCAUCAUGGCAACCUAACUUUGUUUGGAUGCGGGUUGGUUUCAUCUGAUGAUACCGGGACUUACGUGUGGUUAUUUAGGACCUGGAUGGAAUGUAUGUCCAACUGUGCUCCUAAAGGAAUAAUAACUGACCAAGACACAGCCAUAAAAAUUGCAGUUGAGGUCGUUUUCCCUACUAUUAGGCAUCGGUGGUGUUUGUAUCGUGUAAUGAAAAAGAUGCCUGAAAUAUUAGGCGAACUUUAUGAUUCUAUCAGUUCUUCUUUGCAAGAAGUGGUAUAUGAUACACAAAGCCCAACAGAAUUUGAACAAAGUUGGAAUGAGCUGGUUGAAAAGCAUGGAUUGCGUCAUGAUGAAUGGUUGACUGGAUUAUACAAUGGGAGGGAUCGUUGGGUACCAUGUUUUGUAAAAUCCAACUUUUGGGCAGGGAUUUCGGCCACUAAGCGUGAUGAUAGUAUAAAUUUGUUCUUUGAUGGAUUUGUCAAUUCAAAAACAACUUUGAAGAAAUUUUUUGUGGAACAGUAUGAUAAGGCACUGAAGAGUGAAGUGGAAAAAGAGAGUCAGCUAGAUUUUAGGUCAUUUGCUAAAACAGUGCCUUGUAUAACUACUUACGAAAUGGAGAAGCAAGUGCAAAGGGUUUACACCAUCUCAAAAUUUAAAGAAUUUCAGAAAGAGUUGACAGGAAAGAUGUAUUGUGAUGUAAUAUCCAUUCAAGAAGGUUCCAUGGUCUCGGAGUAUCACAUACGAGAGGACAUUGUGAUUGGAGAAGCUAAAAAGAGAAUGAUGUUUACGAUCUCAUUUCAGAGGAAUGACUGUGAAGUUAAUUGCAGUUGUCUCAUGUUUCAAUUUGGAGGGAUACUAUGCAGACAUGCAAUAUAUGUAUUAAUCCGCAAUGAUAUUAUGUUGCUUCCAGACAGUUACAUAUUAAGCAGAUGGAGGAAAGAUGUCAGGAGAUAUUACACAAGGGUCAAAAUUAAUGACAGUUGGUCUGCCACUCCUGAACAGCUGCAGUAUGAUGAGUUAUGUCUCGCAUUUGCAAAGCUUGCACACUGGGUAGCUGGGGACAGAGAAAGUUGUAGACAUGUUUUGGAGUGGAUAAACAAUCAGAAAACGACACUGGCUACAAAAAGAUUAAGUUGUGAAAGUAACCCAGCUCAGAAAUGAAUCUUAGGAGCAAGUUCAACAAAUUAUCUUCAGUGCUGCCAUGUGUCAAUAACAAGAGCAGUAGCAAUUGGAAGUCCUGCACAAGCUUUUGAAAGGUAUUAGAUGGUCCAAGUAAGGUCCGAGACUAAUCAAGAGCUAAGUUUCAGCGGUAUAUAUAUAUAUAUAUAUAUAUAUAUAUAUAACUAAGAGGCAAAGAAGGAUUUAAGCAUCGACUGACAUGUUAGUAGAUCUUCAAAAUGAUAUGCAGUUUGCCGUCAGUUUACUGUGGAGGCCCUUGAAUUUCUUUUCCUUCCGAAUUCAAUCCUCACCAUCACAUGUGGGAAAUGGUGGAAGUUACUAUUAAGCCAGGCAGUCAGCGGAAGGUCGGACCAUCCCAUAGUGGAAGCCCAUCGCAGAAUUACAGCAAAUUUCAUCGCCUUUGCCGUCUUUGAUGUUCCUGAGAUGUUUCGGUAUACGAUUUGGCUAAUUUCCACAGCUGACGUCUAACAUUGCAAAAUCAAGAUCAAGAGUUAAUUUUUUUCCUCCGAACUUGUAUAGUCAAUAGCAAUGCGAGUAAACAAUUAUGAUCAAUGAGAGCUAUGUGUUCGAUAGGCUAGUAUAUGGGUUUGAUAUGGUCAAGAAAGAGAUGCGCAGAAUGCAACAUCUUACUUAGUAGAUACCUCACCUGAUUUUUGCAACUCUUGGGCGAAUCGCAGUAGAACUGGUCAAUGAUGAUAGGGUUGGCAACGUCCUCCAUCCUCACGUUCUCAUAACGUACUGCACGAACGAACCCAGACCCACCCUGUUCCAGUUCAGCACCCCAACAUUGGUCGAUUUAGUGAUAUGGAUACCGUCGGUGUUUGGGCUGGUUCCUGGUGCAGAGACUUUGACAUUGGUUAUACGCACGUUGUCACAGUGAGAGAUGACAAAAUUCAUUUGUUGGCCGUUCUGUAUGGUAAGACCCUUCACAUUCACUGCCGAGCUAGUGUCGAUUGUCAGUGCCUACAUCCAUUCGUUUUUAUUAUGUUACUUAUAGUAUUGCAAAUAGUACUGUGUUCUUUUUUUUUUUAUAAAAAACUCCAAUAAACAUGUCCAACUGUUUCUUACCGAUGGUGCUUCUCUGCACGGCUGUGAAAAAUAGAAAAAUAAAUGGUAUGUUAGAGCAAUGCAAAUGAGUUUAUAUAAUAUUUACUU